CGCGUCUUCAGAGUGAACUUUCUUCUGCUUUGUGUGAAACCUAAAAUCAGUUUUCUGGGAGGUUCUGCAGAGCCUUUGUUCGACCGAACAGCUGGGGUUCUGCUCCGCCUGCAGGGCGUAGACACUGGGUCCAGUCUGGAGCCUCGACUGAGGAGGAGGGAGAGAAGGAGGAAGGAAGCGUCCAGCGGUCAGUGAGCCGCAGCCAGACAGCAGGAGGGAAAGCCCGGCCGCAGCGGCCACCGCGCCCCGCUGGAGGAUGGAGGAACAGGAGGAGAUGAUCUGGGCUGGAGAGAGAAAACUUGAAGCAACAGAGUGAAUCAAUGAAAGGAAAGCAGGCAGGGCGACCACUCUGCUAAUGACUGAUUUUAUAUAAUUGGACCAUGAGCCGAACCGAGCCAGUAAUGGAAGAGGAUCCAGACAUCUGCGCCGCGCAUCACCGCCCAGAUCGCCUCUCAGACGCCGCGGACGCACCGCCACAGAUCACCGCAGAAAACUGCUACGAGCUGCUGGAGGAGGCGAAGCGCUGCGGCUCGGAGCGCGACAGGGAGCGGCUGCUGGGCUUCAUGAGCGACCACUACCUGCAGGUUCUGCGGAACCCCGCAGUGUUCGGCCGGCUCACCGCGGCGGAGAGGGAGCUCAUCCUGGCUCGCAGGAUGGAGGGGAGGAAGGUGCUGGCGGUGGCAGAGUUCUGCGAGGUGCUGGAACGCGGGGGCGGCCGCCCGCACAGCCCGCAGCUGGAGGACCCCACCCAGCGGCGGGUGUUCUGCCUGGACCCGGACACCCAGCGGUGGGAGGUUCUGACCGCCCUGCCAGAGGAGGUCCCGGCUAAAGGCUCCGGGAUGUGCACCCUCUACAACUACCUGUUCGUGGCGGGCGGGGUGAGGACGCGGACGGACGGCCGCUCCAAGGCGUCGGACCGGGUGUUCUGCUUCAACCCGCGGACCGGCCAGUGGAGCCCGGUCCGCCCGCUGACGCAGCCCCGCUGCCAGCUGCGGCUGGUCUCCAUGGACGGACACCUGUACGCCAUCGGGGGGGAGUGUCUGUUCACCGUGGAGCGGUACGACCCGCGCGCGGACAGGUGGGCUCACGUGGCUCCGCUGCCUAAAGGUUCCUUUGCGGUCGCGCACGAGGCCGUUGCGUGCGGCGGCGCGCUGUUCGUGUCCGGCGGCUCGCUCUUCUACCGCCUGCUGCGUUACGACAGCCGCCGCGACGAGUGGGAGGAGUGUCCGUUCAACGAGAGCCGGCGGCGCUCCACGGACAUGGUGGCGCGCCGCAGCCUCAUCUACCGCUUCGACGUGGAGCGGGAGCGCGCGGCCGUGAGCGUGUACAGGUACAACACGCUGGUCAAGGUGUGGCUCGGCGGCGCGCUCUUCCCGCUGGAGAACCCGCAGCCGUUUCGCUGCGCGGUGCUGGAGGACCGCAUCUACUGCGUGAGCCGCAGCCACGCGCUGCAGUUUGAAGUGCGGGAGGAGCGGGGGGGCUUCCUGCAGGAGGUGCUGCCUUCUCCUGCCGAGGCCCGAGGAACUCUGGUCCCGUUUGUCCUCAGUCUGGACAAGUGAUAAGACGCUGCAGGUUCAAAGCUGAGAAGUUGCUGGUUCGAAUCCCAGCUACCCUCCACAACAGGGAAGUCCUGCAAUAAGCCACUGAAAAAAAGGUGUAAAUAACACUGGAUUCAAAUAGUUUAAUGUAAAGUUGAGUGGAAGGAAAAAGUGUUGCACCGUUUUUUUUUCUUUAGUUUGAAAUAUUUUCUUUUUUCAGAAACCCAAAAAUUGGUGCUACUUCCCAAUCCUUUGAAAGCUGUGAUCACCCCUGAUGCAUGUUCACUUGUUCACCCAUACCAUGCUGAUGUUCUUAAGUAUCCUAAAGGUUCAGGUCAGGUCAUGUUGUAGCCCAGCUGUAGUUAAAGCCAAUACCAGUAAUUUUAUGUGAGCAAGAACCUAGUUAUAUGAAUAAAUGUCCUCAAAAACUAAUUUUUAUAUCACAUUUUUUCCUUCCACUUACCUUUCUAAUAAAAUGCAAUUUGAGGUG